AUGCCUGUUGUUACACCUGACAAGCUGGCUAGCCUGCAAAGGCAUGCCGUGGAUGUACGCAAUAUCUGCAUCCUGGCUCACGUCGACCAUGGCAAAACAUCCCUGACAGACGCCCUCCUGGCAACAAACGGCAUCAUCUCACCCAAACUCGCCGGCAAGAUCCGGUACCUCGACUCGAGACCCGACGAGCAGCUCCGAGGCAUCACAAUGGAGUCCUCUGCCAUCUCCCUCUACUUCUCCAUGCUGAGGAGGUCAGCACCCGACGCCGAGCCGGAAGCCAAGGAGUACCUCAUCAACCUUAUUGACUCCCCUGGUCACAUUGACUUUAGCAGCGAGGUCUCCACCGCUUCGCGACUGUGUGACGGCGCCGUCGUGCUCGUCGACGCCGUCGAGGGCGUGUGUAGUCAGACCGUCACCGUCCUGCGCCAAUCCUGGACCGAGAAGCUCAAGCCCCUGCUCGUCGUCAACAAGAUUGACCGCCUCAUCACCGAGCUCAAGAUGACGCCCGCCGAGGCGUACACCCAUCUGAGCAAGAUCCUCGAGCAGGUCAACGCCGUGCUGGGAAGCUUCUUCCAGGGUGAGCGCAUGGAGGAGGAUCUCAACUGGCGCGAGCGAAUGGAAGAGCGCGUCCAGGCGGCGGCUGCCAAGGAGGCCGGUCUGGACUCCAUGACCGAGUCCGGAGAGCUUCAGUUUGAGGAGCGCGACGACGAGGACCUCUACUUUGCGCCGGAGAAGAACAACGUCAUUUUCAGCAGUGCCAUCGAUGGCUGGGCGUUUACCGUGCGCCAGUUCGCCGGCUUAUACCAAAAGAAGCUCGGCAUCAAGAGAGAUGUGAUGGAAAAGGUGCUGUGGGGAAGCUUCUACCUCGACCCCAAGACCAAAAAGAUUCUGGGCCAGAAGCAUCUCAAGGGUAGAAACCUGAAGCCCAUGUUUGUUCAGCUGGUUUUGGAGCCUAUCUGGACUGUCUACCAAGCUACAGUCGGCGGCGACAACAACAGGGGCGACCCCGCGUUGUUGGAGAAGAUCACCAAGUCCCUCGGACUCACCAUCCCGCCUCACAUUAUGCGCUCCAGAGACCCACGGCUGCUUCUGACCACAGUCUUUGCGUCCUGGCUUCCGCUGUCGACGGCCAUGCUGGUCUCCGUCAUCGAGUCCCUGCCAUCACCUCCAGCGGCGCAAGCCGAGAGAUUGCCCGAGAUGCUCGAGGACGUCCCCGGCUCAGACGCCGUCAGUGAAGAGAUCAAGGAUGCCAUGGUCUCCUUCAAGACCGGUCCAUCAGACCCCAUCGUGGCCUACGUCAGCAAAAUGGUCUCCGUACCCGAGAGUGAGCUGCCCCAGAAUAAGCGCAAGCCGGGCCAGUUGACCGCCGACGAGGCGAGGGAACUCGCGCGCAAGAAGAGAGCAGAGGCGGCUCGCGCUCAAGCCGCCGCCCCCUCCAGCGGGAAUGCAGUCAACGAUCUCACGACGGCGCUCGAAGAGGUCAACCUGGACGGGUACGCCCCCGAGUACGAAGAAAAAGAAGUCGACCCCGAACAUCUCAUCGGCUUCGCGCGCAUGUACUCGGGCACGCUAUCCGUCGGCGACGCCCUCUGGGUCAUCCCGCCAAAAUGGUCCCCCGCCAACCCCAACGCGAACCCGCAACCAAAACAAAUCACCGUCACGGCGCUGUACAUGCUCAUGGGCCGCAACCUCGAAGCCCUCGACUCCGUCCCCGCGGGCGUCGUCUUCGGCAUCGGCGGCCUCGAGGGCCACCUCCUCAAGAACGGCACCCUCUGCAGCCGCCUCGACGGCGCCGUCAAUCUCGCCGGCGUCGCGACCCUCGGAAAACCCAUUGUUCGCGUCGCCCUUGAGCCCGUCAACCCGGCCGACCUCGACAAGAUGAUCCACGGCCUCCACCUCCUCGUCCAGUCUGACCCCUGUGCCGAGUACGAGCAGUUUGGCAGCGGCGAGCACGUCCUACUCACUGCCGGCGAGCUGCACCUCGAACGCUGCCUCACGGACCUCAAGGAGCGCUUCGCCCGCUGCGACAUCCAGGCCGGUGCCCCUAUUGUGCCUUAUCGCGAGACCAUUGUCCGCGCCGAAGAGAUGCGUCCCCCCGCGAACAAGGACCUCGGCCGCGGCGUCGUCGUCGGCACCACCUCCUCCAAGCAGGUCUCCAUCCGCCUCCAGGUCCGGCCCUUGCCCUCCGACGUGACAGACUUCCUCCUCAAGAACGGCGACGUCAUCAAACGCAUGUACUCGGACCGCACCACCGCCACCUCCCAAGGCGAGACGACGGAGACCGCAGGCACCGCCCCCGGCGAGGAAAAGAUCGACGUCGACACCGACCUGACCGCCGCCAAGAUCAUGUCCCUCGACGACUUCAAACAGGGCCUCCAAUCCGCCCUCGAAUCCGGCCGCGGCGGCCGCGAACACUUCAAAUCCGCCGUCGACCGCAUCGCCGCCUUUGGCCCCCGCCGCACCGGCCCCAACAUCCUCAUCGACUCGACAAAAGAAGGCCUCCUCGCCAAACUCUUCUCCCCAACCUCCACCGACCGCGACGGCGCCGGCUCCGCGGCGCCCCAAGCAGACGAGGCCCUCCACCCGGCCCACGUCGCCGACAAGAUCCCCUACGCCUUCCAGCUCGCCACAGCCCAAGGGCCCCUCUGCCACGAACCCGUCCAAGGCAUCGCCGUCUUCCUCGAAGACGUCAUCAUCAACCCCACCGACGACGACACCACCGCCACCGCCCGCGACCGCCUCCCGCGCCUCACUGGCGAAGUCAUCAAAACCUUCACCGCCUCCCUCCGCGCCGGCAUGCUCGACUGGUCCCCGCGCCUCAUGCUCGCAAUGUACACCGUCGAAAUCCAAGCGUCAACAGAAGUCCUCGGCCGCGUCUACGACGUCCUCACCCGCCGCCGCGGCCGCGUCCUCUCCGAGGCCAUGAAGGAGGGCACCCCCUUCUUCUCCAUCCAGUCCGUCCUCCCCGUCGCCGAGUCAUUUGGGUUCGCAGACGAGAUGCGCAAGCGCACGUCGGGCGCCGCGCAGCCGCAGCUUAUUUUCGCCUGGUACGAGGUGCUCGACCAGGACCCCUUUUGGGUGCCGUUUACCGAGGACGAUCUCGAGGAUCUUGGUGAGCUGGCGGAUAAGGAGAAUGUGGCAAAGAGGUACAUGGAUGGCGUCAGGAGGAAGAAGGGGUUGUUGGUUGAGGGACGGAAUGUUGCGAGAGAUGCAGAGAAGCAGAAGACUCUCAAGAGGUAG